AUGCAGUCUCCACCCACCGUGACUUGCAGCAGCCCCAGCGGUCACCGCCCAGUGACCAUCGCUAGCAGCAGCCUGCAGAGCGGCACUGCCCAACCCGCCGCACUCACCGCCUGCCUAGUCUGCGUGUCGCGUGCCGCCUGCUCCGCUCACCACUUGUGCAGUCCUCAGGUGCCGCCCAACUCCAGCUCUCAUGCUGCCCAACUCCUGCGUCGCCCAGCUCCAACUCCUAGGAGUUCUACCCACCGCUGGGACCUCUCGACCCCGCCGCCGAUGCCUCCCACCGACCCUCCGAUAGCCACCCCCGGCCCUCAGGCAGCCAUCCAGCCACCGCCAAAAUUUUCCGGCUGCUACCAAAAUUUUCUGGCCGUCGUCAAACUUUUCCGGGAAUAG